ACACGAAGUACAUGCACACGGUUUUUGGGCGCAAGGACCUGGACAACUGGGCAGGUUCAACGACGACGAUUACAAAUGCUGUAGAGAUAUGCGAGAGACAUCCCGGCAAGUCAUUGGAACUAGUUUGUGAUGACCAUGAUCAACUUUGCUGUCACGUGUGCAUCGCUGUUGACCACAGGAAAUGUUCCAAGGUGCAGCACAUUCCAGAUCUUGCAAAGGGAAUCUACAUGGACGCCGACUUUAAAAGCCUGCCUGGCAAAGUUUCAGAACUUAGAAAACAACUUCAUGACAUGGAAGAAGCAAGAAAGAGAAAUACAGCAUCAUUGAAAACCACAAGGACGGCCAUCCUAGUUGAAAUUAGGGCUAUUCGGAAAAAGAUGAAUGAAAUCCUAGAUGAAAUAGAACGGAUCACCAUUGAAGAAUUGAACUGCUUGGUAGAUAAGCUCGAAGAUAGGAUAAAAGAAAAUGGAGUAAAUUGUGCUCGAAUGGAUGACGAAUUAAUGGAUUUCUUGAACUUCAUUGAGGCCUCAAAUAGAAGAAAUAACGAACCCUCAUCAUAUAUCGGAUUCAGGAAGUGCCAAAAUAAAAUAAGGGAAGUGAAUGGGCUCAUUCCACGUAGUUAUGAAAUUGAUACAUACGCUGUAUCAUUUCGGGCUAAUAACGUACUGGAGGAAAUUCUGUCGUCGGUUAGUUCUUUCGGAGAAAUUGAAGAAUUAACCAUGACGACCAAAUUAGCAUCAAGCCAACAUCUCGACCCAAACCAUGUCUUUAAGGAAACUGGAUAUAAAGAAUUCAACGUGGCGUUGAGUACUGACACUAAAGAUUGUUUUAUCUGGGGUAUAUGUGAGCUACCAGGUGGAGAAAUUGUUUGUUCAGACUACAACAACCUUAAAGUGAAACUCCUAGACCAGGCGUACAAGGUGGUCGACCACUGUGAUGUACCCGAUAAUCCAUUUGGCGUGUGUCACAUUGGAAGGAAUGACGUUGUCAUUUGUACUGGCGGUGCGUUGCAGUUUAUCAAUAUCACGAAAGGAAAGAUCGUGAAAACAAAAAGGAUAAAUUGCACACACUUCUGUACUGCUGUAGCUUAUCAUGGGGACGUGCUUUACGUCUGCUCGGGCACCGCUCUGUACGUCUACACGUCUGCACUGUUGGUGAAAAAGCUGUACGAGGACAAAAGCUGUACGGGUCGUUUGACCGUUGAGAGAUGUUCGUUCAGAGGAGACGGCAACGUUGUGUACAUCACCGAUCGUGAGAACGCCCGAAUCAUUUGCCUUGACAGAAGUGGCAAUAAGCUGAAUACUUUCACUGACCCUGCCAUGAGUUCACCUACCGGAAUACACGUGACGCCUGCUGGACACGUGUUUGUCUGCAGCCAGACAGAUAAUCUAAUCCUGCAAAUCGACAAGGACGGAAAUAGGAAGUUGGCCACAUUGCACGUAAAGAAAGAAAAUUUAACAUCACCGCGGGCUUUGUUAUUCAGCAGCAGAACGUCCGGUCUAAUUGUGGGAGGAUACAGUAAUUCACUUCUGAAAAUUUCUUUGCAAAAAAGUCAGUAUUGAGUGAACAUUUUGGGGUACGACAUUGUGCAGGGAUGUAUAUAACGUAUGAACGCCUUAAGGUUUCUUAGUCCUGUAAAGCUGGACAAGUGUUAGUUAAUAAACUUACACAAACUGUACAUAGUAAACAAUAUAAAUUCGAAAUUAUGUUAUCUAGGGUUUAUAUACUUUGUUUUAUUUCUCUUA